CGAGAAUAUUCGACAUUUUGAUUUCCGGUUGUUCCACACGUUGCCUGUUAUUGGGUACCCUGUUCCCAUUUCGCUGACCCCAACUUACGCAGUCCUCCUUGAAACACCUCACACGCCUGGAAAGGAGCGGUUCAACGUUUUUACGUGCAUUAUAAAGGGAAUUGUAUGAGUCAGAAAAUAGAAAAGCCAGUGCUGUCAGGUCAACGCAUAAAGACCAGAAAAAGAGAUGAAAGAGAGAAGUACGACCCAACUGGGUUUCGGGAUGCCAUCCUUCUUGGACUGGAAAAGGCUGGUAAUGACCUAGAGGCAAUUUCCAAGUAUUUGGAUGUGGCUGGUUCGAAGCUGGAUUACCGCCGAUACGGAGAGGCACUUUUUGACAUUCUAAUUGCCGGUGGCCUCUUAGUACCGGGGGGAUCCAUUGCACAAGAUGGCGACAAGCUUGUUAAAACCACGGCUUGCGUAUUCGAACAGCCUGAAGACAUGGAGGCGAUGCGAAAUUUUGAACAGGUUUUCAUAAAGUUGACCAGACGUUACAAAUACUUGGAAAAAAUGUUCGAAGAGGAAAUGAAAAAGGUAUUGGUCUUUAUGAAGGGGUUUACAGCAAAAGAAAGGAUUAAGCUAGCAAGAAUGACUGCUCUCUGGAUCUCUAAUGGCGCCUGCCCACCAACUGUCCUUUCCGUAUUGAUUAAUGAACAUCUUGUCAAAGACAACUUGGCAUUAGAUUUUCUGAUGGAAGUUUGCGUCACUUGGAAACAAGAAAAGGGACUCCCGAGCUUGAUGACUGCCUUGAAACGUGGAGGUAUCGAAGGAAGGCUAAUGGAGUUUGUGCCGCCGAACAAAAGAACAGAAGAACAUUUUAGAUCAGCUUUUGAGGCUGUAGGUUUAGCAGACAUUGUCAAGCUGCACAAAGCGCAGGCAAGCCAAGAAGCCAAGCGAGAUUUACAGCAACUUUUACUUGACGACUUGGCUGACAAUCGACCAAUCAAGGACAUUGUACUUGAUCUCAAAGAAAUGGCAGUAAAGUCUUGCAUCCCUGAACACGAAGUAAUUGGUUUGAUUUGGGGUGUAGUAAUGGGUCAGGCUGAAUGGAAUAAGAAAGAAGAGCUUGUCGCCGAACAGGCACUAAAACAUUUAAAGAUCUACACGCCACUUUUUGGUGCUUUCACAUCUACUGCCAGAUCUGAGUUAGCUUUGCUUUUGAAGGUCCAAGAAUUCUGCUACGAAAACAUGAACUUCAUGAAAGUCUUCCAAAGGAUUGUCUUGCUUUUCUACAAAACGGACGUGGUGUCGGAAGAAGUGAUCUUGAAGUGGUUCAAGGAGGGUCACUCAGUAAAGGGAAAAAUGUUGUUUUUGGACCAAAUGAAAAAAUUCAUCGAGUGGCUGCAAAAUGCUGAAGAAGAAUCUGAAUCUGGAGAAGAAGAAGAUUAAAGUGAUUCAAGAUAAAUUCUAACAUCAUUGCCAGAAGAAAGCGUGUCAGUAUUCUGUUCAACUCUUUAAACCUUUGAUGAAGAUAAACUAAUCGGUGAAGGGAAAUUCAAAAACAAAAAGUCAGCAUCAUACGCAGUGCAACAGUGUGUCACGAAAAGAAACGGAUAAAUUGUUAAAAUAAACGAAACAAAAAAUAAUAAUAAUGAUGACUAAAUUUAAUAACGAAUAAAUAAAGAAAAAAAAAUAAAACUAAUAGGUAAUUAGCCGGGGAAAUAUUGUAAAUCCGCAGUGUUUCUAAAUUGUGUUACUUUAAGAAAAAAUAUUUUGUGUUACAUUUUUAUAACUCCGCUACAAAAUAUAUACAGAAUAACAAAAACACGAAAAAACAAGAAGUAUUAAAAAAAAAGAAAAAACUAAUAUCCCUGUGUGCGUACGAUUUUCGGUACCCCGUUUUACUUUGUACGAUAAUUGUAUUAGUAUCCAGAAAUAUACUGUCGGGUGAUGUUUAA